CUGGCUAGCUGCUUUUACAUUUUGAAGUAGCAACAAUGUCUGAAGCCAUCUACCCAUCAGGAUGCGUCUACGACUGGAUCCCAAAGGAGCAAGAAGAAAUUAAAAAACCACCAAGAUAUGUAUCCAAGUUCAGGCCAGCUAUAAUUCUUGAGGAGAAGCUAAACAAAGAUGCAAAGAAGACUAUGGGACCACCAAAAGUGGAAUUGCCGUCUCCGGAUAAGUACCUGAAAAAACACUCGAAGCAACCCAAACCACCUGAGAAGUCCGAUGAUGGACAUAAGCCUCGGACCUGCACAGUGAGGAAGCCAACGGUCCCUCGGCGGACCGAGAAACCGCUGAUGGGGAUCCAAACCAAAAGGGAUUUCCUCCAGACUACUGUCAUGUUUCCCAUGAAGCCUAAGGCCAUUUCUGUUGACACAAAGAAAGGACACAAACAGCUCCUGGAAAACUCUGGACUUGUUCCUAAAUACGUUAUGAAAAAGGAUUACGGUGAAGUCCCGACGUAUCUGCAGCUGCGCAGUGAAGCCGAGCGGAAGGCCCGGGAGGAGGACCAGACCCUGGCGCGGGAGCAGAAUGUGCUGGAGCGGCUAACGGAGGAGGAUCACCAGGCCGUCCUGAAGGGCCUGAAGAAGAAGUGGGAUGAACUCCACUGUGAAUAUCAGGGCCUUCCUCUCCUCAUCGACACGCCGUCCAAGAAAACCCGGAAGAUCCGCCUGGAGGAGAAGAUGAGUCAACUGGAGAAGGACAUCAGCUUCUUUGAAAGGUUCAAAACCAUUUUUAUUUACGACGAUUAGGGACGAAUGGUUUUGAUUGCUAAAUCUCACCAGUGGAGGGAGUUGCUGUAGAAAAUUGUUGUGUGUGAAUUUUCAAAGUAGCUUUAACAAAUUAUAUUGACUCCCAAUAUUGAGUUGAGAUAACUGUGGUUACAUUCACACAGCAGGGAAACCCGACCCGUAUCCAACUUUUUCAGUCAGAACAGAAUCAGUUUUUUUCUACUUUCAUGCUUUGUAAUAAUUUGGAUUCUGAUUGUUUUCAAACUGUCUGCAGUUUGGACAGUCAUGACACAUUUUACUUGACGUUCAUGUCAUUGAUGACUGUAAAUUGUGAUUAUGAAAGAAGAAGUCAGAGCUUCAUGUCGCAGUCACACCUUGGCUUUGAUUAUGAAUCUAAACAUACUUCAAAAAGCCGUUUCUGUUAGCUAUGUUUUCUUUUUAUGAGUUUCCUUCAUGUUUCUUAAUAUGACUAUGUGAUAUUCUCAGCUGUUAAAAAGACACUAUUAUGUAAAACCAACUUUUUUGAGCUUUAAAUCAUGUUAAAAUGUCAUUCCUUCAUCAAAAACAUGGAUUAUUGCUUUGAUUCUUUCAUUCAUGUUUGAGAAAUCCUUGAGUCCCCAUAGCAACCAUUCAGCUGUGUUAAUCACCUGGGUGGAUUUAGCCCCGCCUUCGAGUUUCCACCUCAUAGAGCAACCCUGUCCCACUCAGCUCCUUCAGACUAGCCAGGAGCAAUUAGCAGACAUCUGGUGGAAAUAUGUGCUGAAACUAUUUCUCAGUGAAAUGCUGGUAAAAACAUAGCUAAAGGGCUGACAGAGGAGCCAUGUUGUGAUGACUUCCUAAAGGCGGAGUUUCAGAGCAGAAGCUUCUUAAAGAGACAUAGGCCCAAUUUCAAGUCAUUAAAUUACAAUGUCAAAUUUUUAUUUAUUUUUAUCAUAUCUCAUUUGACAUAACUAUAAUUUUAUAGCAACUAAAAUUAACAUAGUUACUUGAUUGUGCUAUAAAAUGAAACGGAAAAGACAUAAAACUGCCAUUUUACAAUCAAUGCAUGAACAGUUUUUACUCCCGUAAACAGAGUGAAGCUGCGUCACAGUUUUCUUUGCUCAUGCGGGUCGGUUCGGGGAUCUAAACCGUUCACACACAAGUCUCAUUGUGGUUUAAUUAAUAGUGUGAAGGACUGCACAAAAAUAACCGAAUUUCAGAAAAAAAACUGAGGUGAUUACCAAAACCUGCUGUGUGAAUGGAGCCUCUUUAUGUUUUUCACAUCAAAAUGUAACUUUAUUUUUUCUGUGUUUGUUUUCACUUAUCUUUAAAUAAUGGUUCUUGAAAUAAACACUUAUUUGUAUUUAAAAGUACAAAGGCAGUGCUCUAAUAUACAAAUAUGUUGUUUUUACUUUUUAGUAUGAACUUGCUCUGUUGCUGAUAAUUUGAUUCUCUGUUUUAUAAUUUGGAUAGCCUUUAUCUUCUGUCAGCAUAUGAAAUGUUGAGAAUAUAUUAAAUUAAACCAACACUGCGACCAACGACUGUUUUAGUAAUCAAUUAUUCUGACAGUUAAUCGGCUAUUCGGAUUAUAAAAAUGGGGACACUUUGCAAAUUUUUCAUUAAACCACUGAAGCUUAUUCCAUACAUUUAAAAUACAUUAUAAAAGGCAAGUAAGCAAAUAUUUCAAUUCCUUUUUAAAUAAGAAUAAAGGGAUUUUCUUGGUUAAAAACCCCAGCAUUAAUUGCUGGAUCAUUUGUAGGAAAGGACGCAUCAACAGCUAAACAAAUCUUAACUUCAGUGUAGGAUUAAUAAAUGGAUAGCAGAAUAUGCUAAUAAACUUUUCUUUUACAAAAUUUGAACCAGGUGAAGCUAAAACUCCCACUUGAUGAGUUCUGGGUAGAAAGUAUCUACAGACAAAGAACGUUUUUGUCUUAAAUCCAAAUGCUAAUUUUUUUUUGUCUAGUUUUGGGUUAAUUAUUGCUUUGAACAUUUUUUGUUUGUUUUUUUGCUCAGCAAACAACCUUUUUUCUUUUUUCAAUCCUAAAUUAAGCGUUGUAAAUUGAAAGAAUGUAUUAAAAGUAAUCUUUGUCCAGAAGCCUUCUUGCAAAAUUAUUUUUCAUUAAAACGUUAUAGGAACAAGUCAAAUGUGUUGUUUUGUAUCUUUUGAAAAAAAAGAUACAAAUUUAUUUUUAGAUGAAAAUAAAAGGCGAGACAACCAACCUUGUUCUCGUCUAUAAAUUUAAUGUAUUAAUGCAGUUAUUUUCUGUGAUUGCUAAAGCUGUGCUACACAAUAAAUGUACUUCACAGUUUUGUUUCCUCUACUGAAAUA